ACUGGCUCCCUGAGUUCUCCUAACCUUCUGUUCACUCUCACCAUCCCAUUUAGUCAUCAUAUCAUCUUAGAUUCCUUCUAUCUUCUGUUUCUCCAGGUAGUGCGAAUCCUGGAGCGGCAAGGCCCUCGGGCAGCUCCUAGGGGUGCAGAUGAUCUCAGUGCUGUGCGCAACCACACUUACCAGAUGUUGACACUGCUGGUAGAAGAUCGUGUGGUCCCCUCAGCCCCCACGACCCCUGGGCCCUUGCUGGAGUUCGCUUUGCGUGAGGACCUGCUAACCCGUGUGUUGGUUUGGCAGCUUCAAUGGGAUGAGCUUGGGGAUGGGGUUGAGGAACGGCGGGCUGAGCAACUGAAGCUGUUUGAGAUGCUAGUGAGUGAAGCUCGCCAGCCACUGUUGCGACAUGGUCCAGUUCGUGAGGCUCUGCUGACCUUGCUGGAUGCCUGUGGCCGUCCUGUGCCCAGUAGCCCAGCACUGGAUGAAGGCCUGGUGCUACUUCUCAGCCAGCUGUGUGUGUGUCUGGCCCGGGAACCUUCAUUGCUCGAGUUCUUCCUGCAGCCACCUCCUGAGCCUGGAGCUGCCCCCCGCCUUCUCCUCUUUUCUCGCCUUGUUCCCUUCGUCCAUCGGGAGGGCACACUGGGCCAGCAGGCCCGUGAUGCCCUACUCCUGCUCAUGGCUCUGUCGGCCGGGAGUCCCACUGUGGGCCGCUACAUUGCAGAUCACUCUUACUUCUGCCCGGUGCUGGCCACAGGGCUGAGUGCCCUGUACUCCUCACUGCCCCGCAAGAUUGAGGUUCCAGGGGAUGAUUGGCACUGCCUGCGACGGGAGGAUUGGCUGGGAGUGCCAGCCCUUGCGCUCUUCAUGAGUUCCCUAGAAUUCUGCAAUGCAGUCAUUCAGGUGGCUCACCCUUUGGUGCAGAAGCAGCUAGUUGAUUAUAUCCAUAAUGGGUUCUUGGUGCCUGUCAUGGGCCCUGCCCUGCAUAAGACCUCUGUGGAGGAGAUGAUCGCCAGUACCGCCUAUCUGGAGCUUUUCCUACGGAGUAUCUCAGAGCCUGCUUUGCUCCGUACCUUCCUGCGAUUCCUGCUGUUACACCGGCAUGACACCCACACCAUCCUUGACACCCUCGUUGCCCGUAUUGGCAGCAACUCCCGGCUCUGCAUGGUCUCUCUGAGUCUCUUCAGGACCCUACUGAACCUCAGCUGUGAGGAUGUCCUGCUGCAGCUGGUUCUCAGGUAUCUUGUCCCGUGUAACCAUGUGAUGCUGAGCCAGAAGCCAGCUGUACGUGAUGUGGACCUAUAUGGACGAGCUGCAGACAAGUUUCUCUCCCUUAUCCCACGCUGUUGUCGGCAUCGUGCCCCUAGCCCACCCCGUCCAGAGCAUGCCUCAUGGGCACGAGGCCCUGGAAGCCCGAGUGUUGACUCCUCUUCUGUGGUGACAGUGCCCCGGCCCUCCACACCAUCUCGUCUGGCCCUCUUCCUGCGACAGCAGAGUCUGGGUGGCUCGGAAUCCCCAGCUCCAGCCCCUCGCUCACCAGGGCUUGCUGCAUCCCCAGCCUCCAGCCCUAGCCGACGGCCCAGCCCUGUGGAGGAGCCUGGUGAGCUGGAAGACAAUUACCUGGAGUAUCUGCGUGAGGCGCGCCGUGGUGUGGACCGGUGUGUCCGAGCCUGCCGUACCUGGUCUGCCCCCUAUGAUGGCGAGCGGCCCCCUCCUGAGCCUAGUCCUGUUGGCUCCCGGACUAAGAAACGCAGCCUACUGCCUGAGGAGGACAGGGACAAUGUGGGGGAAGGGGAGGAGGAAGAGCUGGGGAGUGGAGGGCUUUCUGGGGGUACAGGAGAGGGCCCUGGCCACCUGCCCCCUCCCCAGCUCAAUGGGUUGCCAGGACCAUGGCCUGAGGGGGCCAAGAAGGUUCGUCGGGUGCCUCAGGAGGGGGCUGGGGAACUGCCAGAGAGCACCUCCGAGGGCAUGGCAGGACUAGAGGGCUUUGGGCAGGAGCUCCGGGAACUGGAGGUGGCAUUGAGCAAUGGGGGGGCUGGCUCAGAACCCCCGCUAGAGCCUCCACUACCUCUUGAGGAGGAGGAGGCCUAUGAGAGCUUCACCUGUCCCCCUGAGCCCCCCGGCCCCUUCCUCAGCAGCCCUUUGCGGACGCUCAACCAGCUGCCAAGCCAGCCCUUCACUGGCCCCUUCAUGGCUGUGCUCUUUGCCAAACUCGAGAACAUGCUGCAGAACUCCGUCUAUGUCAACUUCCUGCUGACGGGGCUGGUGGCCCAGCUGGCCUGUCACCCCCAGCCCCUGCUCCGCUCUUUCCUGCUCAACACCAACAUGGUCUUCCAGCCCAGUGUCAAGUCCCUGCUGCAGGUGCUGGGUUCUGUGAAGAAUAAAAUUGAGAGCUUUGCGGCCUCCCAGGAGGACUUCCCAGCACUGCUAUCCAAAGCCAAGAAGUACCUCAUUGCCCGUGGCAAGUUGGACUGGGCCGAGGGCCCUGCAGCAGGACCUACCCCCCGCCGCUCCGAUCCCCUAGUGAAGAGCCGGAGGCCAUCCUUGGGGGAGUUGCUCCUGCGGCAUGCACACAGUCCAACCAGGGCCCGGCAGGCGGCACAGUUGGUUCUUCAGCCUGGGAGAGACGGCGCAGGACUUGGCCUAGGUGGGGGCUCCCCUGGGGCUUCAACUCCGGUUCUACCCCCUCGGGGUGGGGCCCCUGAGCGCCAAGGUGAGGCUCUGCGAGUCAAGAAUGCUGUCUACUGUGCAGUCAUUUUCCCUGAAUUUCUCAAGGAGUUGGCUGCCAUUUCCCAGGCCCAUGCUGUCACCUCGCCUUUCUUGUUGGAUACUUCAGAGGAGGGAUCUGGUCCUCCUGUCUCAGGCUUUGGGCCCCUCAAUCCUUAACUUUCUUCCAUGGACAAUCAGGGCCUCCAGUGGCCUGGGCUGGGGCCGGGGUAUAGGCUCCUUUUUAUGUUUGGAGGCAGUGGUAAGAGGACUUUUUAAUUUAUUUCUGAUGAAUGUUUUAUGGAGAACUUGUUGCAAUAUGUAUAAAAGGGAAAUCUCUA